ACUGGGCCCCACCUUAUGAACCGCCCGAACCUCGCACAUGCGUGCCACUUUUGGUCCGUGUGCAAAGUUAGUACGGAAACAGCACGUGCGAGAGGGCUGUUAGUUGGCACGUGCCAAUUGUAUCAUUCUCGUGCUGCCGAGUAUAAAUACAACAUUUCAGCUCCACUCUGCUUGCAUUUUCAGGUCUUCUUCAACCGCGAGAGAGGGAGAGAUAGAGAGAGACGAUUCAAUUCCUUUGGGGAGCGACCUGAGAAGAUGUGGAGAAGGGUUUCAUCUCAUCUCCAAACACUAGCUUCAUGCCGAUCUGCCGCUUUUAACCUCCGUCGCCAAUCCAGUGGCGGAUAUUACUCCAGGAUCCGUGCCUUCGCCUCCUCGUCUUCGCCGUUCCAGAAGACGACCCCUCUCUUCUCCAAUCAUGCCAGCAGUGAUGCCGAUAAUAUUCUGUCCCAGGGAAAGAAGAGAGUCGAAGAUGUAAUGCCGAUCGCCACCGGACAUGAACGGGAGGAGCUUGAAGCUGAACUUGAGGGGAAGAAGCCGUUUGACAUGGAUACCCCGGUUGGUCCAUUCGGCACAAAGGAAGCACCUGCUAUCAUUAAAUCCUACUAUGACAAAAGAAUAGUUGGAUGCCCUGGUGGUGAAGGCGAGGAUGAACAUGAUGUUGUGUGGUUUUGGCUAGAGAAAGACAAGCCACAUGAAUGCCCUGUGUGUUCUCAAUAUUUCAUGCUGGAAGUGGUUGGUGAGGGGGGACCACCAGAUGGCCAUGGAGAUGAUGAUCACUGAUGCGGAGUCUGCAAAGGUUUCCAACCUGAAUAAAAAUUUGGUGAGACAAGAUGGUUUCUGUUAUACUGUGUAGAUCAAACAACAUUUUCAGUGUUUUGUUUUGCCUUCGUUCUUUGAUUCCCUUCCUUUCGGGUCCAACUGCAAUUGGGUUGGGGAUUUUUCAUUUUAUGGCCUUGUUAUAUCCAUUAGACUGUGGAUUCCUUUUUAGCCUUUUUGCAAUGCAGUGUCAGAAUAAUUUGUGGCCACAUUCCUUGAAUCUUUCAGAGUGAAUUUUCUCACCAUCA